AUGAGGAGCAAGGAUCGCCUAGACGAACUGCGCCAGCUGUCGAGCGGCGCAGGUGUUUACCAAGACACGGUGCUGGAGUUGCCACCUCAGCUACUCAAUAAAGACAUCGAGGAGCUCUUACAAGAGGUGGAGGCGAUAUACAAAUGGAUAAACGAGGUACACAGCAACACGCAGCUCAUCCGCCGCCUGCACUCCGACCCGACCUACCACACGAACAAGCAGGUGCAGGAGCAACUGGACGCGGCGGUGACGCGGUCGCAGGCGGCGGGCCUGAAGCUGUGCGGCGCGCUGCGCCAGCUGGAGGCGCGCGCGCUGCGGCCGGCGGGCGUUGGGGCGGGCGUGGGGGCGGGCGCGGGGGCGGGGGCGGAGGCGGGCGCGGGGACAGGGGCGGGCGCGGGGGCGGGCGGCCGCAUGGCGCGCCUGCAGUACGCGGCCGCGCGCCGCCGCUACGCUGAUGCGCUUGAAGAGCACCAGCGUCUGCUGCAGCUGCUGCGAGACGACCGCAUGCGCCUGCUGCAUGAGCAGAUCAAGCUCACAAACCUCACAAUCUCGGACGAAGAGUGCGAACACCUGCUUGACUCUAACAACUUGUCCCUGUUUGUUGACAACGUGCGCGCAGAGACGGCGGAGGCGCGGCGCAUGCUGCGGGACGCGGAGGCGCGGCGCGACGAGCUGGCGCGCGUGGAGGCGGCGCUGCAGGACGUCCGCGACCUCUUCCUGCAGCUCUCGCACCUCGUCGCGCAGCAGCAAGACCAGAUCGACAGCGUGGAGUACUUCGCACUGCAGGCAACCGAGCAUGUCGAGAGCGGCGGUCAGGAACUUCUAAAGGGCACUGUCAGCCGCCGAAAAGCUAGAAAGAAGAAACUUGGCCUGAUCAUCUGUUUGGCGUCAGGGUUCCUCAUAGUUCUAUUCGUGCUGAUCUACACGUAG